UCGGUGAACUCUACUGCGCGGCUCCUUGCUCCUACUCUUCUUCGUGUUCCUCUUGGCUCCAUAUUCUUCAUUGUCAAUCUUUGAUUCAGUCGGAGAAGGCUCUUUACAUUCUAGGGUUUCAAGCGGAAGUUGGUAGACACUGGAAUCUCAGUGGUUCAGCGAAAAUGGCGGCCUUCAAUCUCGUCGCGAAUAUGUAUGACCCGGCUUUGAAGCCUCGCUUGAUACACAAGCUUCUUAGAGAGCACGUUCCUGACGACAAGCGGGCGUUUAAUGAUCAUUCGGAACUCUCCAAGGUGGUUUCUAUGAUCAAAAUCCACAAUCUCCUCUCUGAAUCCUUGCAUUCCAUGGAUCAAAAGCUGAUCGACAGCUGGAAAUCUGCUGUCGAUUCCUGGGUCAACCGCUUGUUUCUCCUUCUCUCUAAUGAUAUGCCUGAUAAAUGUUGGGCGGGAAUCAUUUUACUUGGAGUGACUUGUCAACAAUGCAGCUCUAGUCGAUUUUUGGCAUCAUAUACAGAAUGGCUUCACAGGCUUUUACCUCACGUGCAGACAGAUUCUCAGUUUCUGAAGGUGGCCUCUUGUGCUUCGAUCUCAGAUUUAUUCUUGAGAUUGGGUAGAUUUCAAAGUGUUAAGAAAGAUGGGACUUCUUGUGCUGGGAAGGUCAUUCAACCAGUUAUAAAGCUGUUGCAUGAUGAUAAUACAGAAGCUGUUUUGGACGCUGCAGUUAAUCUAUUGUGCACUUUGAUAGCUUUCUUCCCGUUUACAAUCCAUCGUCAUUACGACUCUGCUGAAGCUGCGAUUGUUUCAAAAAUAUAUUCAGGAAAGUGUGGUUCUAAUAUGCUGAAGAAGCUUGCCCAUUGCCUGGCAUCACUUCCAAAAUCAAAAGGAGAUGAAGAUAGCUGGUCUUUACUAAUGCAGAAGAUUUUGUUAUCCAUCGACAGUCACUUGAAUGAGGCCUUCCAAGGCAUUGGUGAAGAUUCAAAAGGCCAUGAAGUUUUAAGGUUACUGAUUCCACCAGGAAAAAAUCCUCCACCACCUUUAGGUUGUAAUUCGUUGUCAGAAGAUUCCUUUGACAAAAUAACAAGGAGCUCAGAGCGAAUGUUAACACCUAGUAUUUCAACCCUGAUGUUUUGCUGUUCUACAAUGAUAACAAGUUCAUACAACCAUCAGGUGGCAGUUCCCAUUCGCCCUUUAUUAGCGAUUGUCAAGAGAGUGCUGACGGUGGAUGGUUCUUUGCCACCCACUUCAGUGCCAUUUAUGACAUCUCUGCAGCAAGAGUCAAUGUGUUCAGAACUUCCGGCACUGCAUUCAGACAGUUUGGAUCUCCUCAUUGCCAUUGUUAAGAGGCUUCGCAGUCAAUUGUUACCACAUGCUGCAUCUAUUGUGCGACUCAUUGUGAAGUACUUCAAGAAGUGUGUCUCUGCAGAACUAAGAGUAAAGGUCUAUGCAGUUGCUAAGUUAUUGAUGAUGUCUUUGGGCGUUGGAAUGGCUGCAUCUCUUGCACGAGACGUGAUUGACAAUGCACUAGUUGAUUUGAACCCUGUUGAUAAUGAGAGUUGUGAUCCAUCAAGUGUGAAUCCAAAGGAAGCACAAAGGGAAUUGCUGCAACACUAUAAGAAGAGGAAACGUCCUUCAGUUCCCACUUCCAUGAAAGGGCAACAUGAGAGGCAUGGAUCAGGCGACAUUACCAGCAGCUGUAUGUCUACUUCAGUCCACUUGAGGAUAGCUGCACUUGAGGCUUUGGAGACUCUUCUUACAUUGGCUGGUGCUUUGAGAACUGAAGAAGGGUGGCGUGCAAAAGUUGAACAUCUUUUAAUAACAGCCGCAACAUCUUCCUUCGAAUGGCCACAGGCCUCAGAUGACAUCUUUUUCCGAGCUAAUGAAUUUAUUGAGGUUUGGGCAGAUUAUCAGUUGGCGGCAUUUCGUGCACUACUGGCUUCAUUUUUGUCCUCUGUUCAUGUACGCCCUCUGGCUUUGGCUCAAGGUCUUGAGCUUUUCCGUAAAGGUAAACAAGAAAAUGGAUCUAAACUUGCUGAAUUCUGUGCACAUGCUCUCUUAGCCAUGGAGGUCCUAAUACAUCCGAGGGUCCUUCCCCUGUCGGAUUUCUUGCCUGUGCGUUUGAGCUCUCCUGAACCACAAGCUACCUAUAAAUUCCAGGAAGAUAUGUACUUUGGUAGUAUGACUUCUAGCAAAUUGUUGAAGAUCGACACGCAGGGCAUGGAGCAGAGCGACCCUGAGUUGGACGAUGAGUUCUCGUACGACAGAGUAUUUGCCAACAACAUUGAAGAGGCUCCAAUUAGAGAUGCUACAGGUAAUCCAAUAAAUGACUAUGAAAUGACAUAUAACAUCUCAAAUGAUCUCGAAAAGGAGCCCUAUGCAAAUGGCCUGGUGAGUAUAGAAACGCCCAAGACGACCGAGCAGGCCGCUACAGCAGCCGUCACAGAAGUAGGGGUUGUAGAGAAAGUUGAUGUCUUUGCUUCUCCCAUGUCAUCAAAAUCGGACAAAACCGACGAUUUCGUACAUGAUCUCGGCUCUAAGUUACUGCAAGAAGAUGAUUUCCCUGAUAUUAUUGAUGCAGAUCCUGAUACAGACUAUGAAGGGUGAAAGGUAGUAGCAAUCUCAAAUCAAUUUUGUAGCCACAAGGGUGUUUAGAAUUCAAGAUUAAUUGUUGUUUUCUUGUUCAUGUCACCAUAGUUUUAAGCUGAUCAUCAAGAACGGCUAUGUAUAUAAAGAGGUGGAAGUUAGCCUUGGUGUUCAUUCCUUAAACCGUGUUCCAAAUAUUAAAAUACAAUUAUAUUUUGAUGUAAUAAAUGAUAUCAGUGAAACCA